AAUGGCUGUCGUUGUUACAACGAGCACUCUCUGUUUACCCACAGACCAUAUCCAUCAUCUGUUUUUAGUCCAUUCUCUCUCUCUCUUUCUCUGUCUGCACUUUGUAAUGGCUACUCUUCAAUCUCUUGCAUUUUCCCCUGCUCUUUCUCGCACUUCACAUCAACCUCGCUCUCUUCUCGGAAUAGCAUCAGGGGUGGUUCAUCAAAAUGCAGGUUCUUCAUUCAAUGGCCAACGCUUGUGCCUACCUCGUUCGCGUUUCACAUCGAAUAUCCAAAACCAGAAAAUGUCGAGACUAUGUAUAAUGAUGGUUCAACCAAAAAUUCAGUUCAUACAAGGAACUGAUGAACAGACAAUACCAGAUGUGAAAUUAACCAAGUCAAGGGAUGGGACAAAUGGUAUGGCUAUAUUCAGGUUUGAUCAACCCUCUGUAUUUGAUUCAUCUGGUGAAGUUGGGGAUAUCACUGGAUUCUACAUGAUUGACGAAGAAGGGGUUCUAACGUCGGUUGAUGUCAAUGCCAAGUUUGUUAAUGGAAAGCCUGCAGGAAUUGAAGCUAAGUAUAUUAUGCGCACUCCACGGGAAUGGGACAGGUUCAUGAGAUUUAUGGAGCGGUAUGCUAAUUCAAAUGGCUUGCAGUUUGUUAAAAGUUGAGAUUAUAUUGUAUGUUUGCUUUUGCCUGACCAAUUUCUUGAAAUUUUUUGUCUGUCCUACUGGUUUUAUGAGUAAUUUAGCUCAAAAGGUGUAAACUUGAGAAAUCUUCUCACUCCAUUUACAGUUAGAUGUUACUUCUUUGUGAUGGUUCA